AUGUCGGCUUGUCUAAGCAGCGGCGGCGGAGGAGCCGCCGCAUAUAGCUUCGAUUUAGAAAAGGUGAAAUCGCCACCGUCAAGCUCAACCACGACGAGAGCUACUUCGCCGUCAUCAACACUGUCCGAAUCUUCCAAUUCGCCACUCGCAAUCUCAACGAGAAAGCCACGAACGCCGCGUAAACGGCCAAACCAGACUUACAAUGAAGCGGCGGCUCUUCUCUCCACCGCUUACCCCAACCUCUUCCCUUCCUCCUCAAGCAACAACUUGUACGCUAAGAAGAAAUCUCACUCGAAUUCUCAGUUCUAUGUCAAAUCUCCUCUUCUCAGUGAUAACGACGAAGCUUCUGAGCUGCUUCUUCCAUUUGAAUCAAUCGAGGAUCCAGAUUUUCUGUUUCAUCCGACGAUUCAAGCGAAAUCGGAUUUCUUCUUCGAUCAGAAGGAGGUGAAUUCCGGAGGGAGUACUAAUAGCGGCGGGGGAGGAGAAAUCGACGAAUCGGAGGUGAAUCAGUUUGAUUUUUCCGACGAAUUCGAUGCGGAGUCGAUUCUGGAUGAAGAAAUUGGAGGAGGAAUCGAUAGUAUAAUGGGGAGUCUCGAAUCCAAUUCGGGGGACAAUCUCGGAGCUAGAAUCAAUCGUAGUCACCGAAUUGCCCGAUUAGAGCAGAUUGUGAUGAUGAAUCCAUGGAAUCGAAGCUCGAAGGGAUUCAAUCUCGCCGGAAAAUAUCCGUUGGGAUUAGGAUUGAGAAGCGCUCUCCGAGGAAACAACGACGCAAACUGCUUGAGAUUUCACACCGUAGAUUUCGAACAGAUCUCGCCGCGAAUCCAAACCCCCACACCCGCCACAGCAAUCGCCACCAUAGCUGACGGUAAAAAGCCGAUCGGGGAGAAGAGCAAGAAGACGAAGAAGAAGAAGAAAGUGGCGGCGACGGCGCCAUUGACGGAAUCGAAGAGCUCCGAAUCGAGCAAAGAAGAUAAGGAGGAGAGAUCAAGUCCGAUGCUGAAGCUGAACUACGACGGCGUUUUAAAUGCUUGGUCAGAUAAAGCGUCGCCGUUCACCGACGAGAUUCUGGGCUCGGAAACUACCGGAGCCGACGUCAAUGCCAGAUUAGGUCAGAUAGAUUUGUUCGGAGACAGUGGAAUGAGAGAAGCAAGUGUGAUGAGGUACAGAGAGAAACGUCGAACAAGACUCUUUUCCAAGAAAAUUCGAUACCAAGUUCGCAAACUCAACGCAGACCAACGUCCUCGAAUGAAGGGACGAUUCGUGAGAAGGCCCAAUGCGAGCACUCCAAGUGGAGAAAGAUAA